GCAGCAGCAGAAGAAGACGAAGAAGAAAAAGAAGAAUCCUCCAGUGAUGGUACCUGCUGCAACAAGCUUCAGCUCAUAACUCGGCAGGUUGAACUCCGUUUGUUUCCGGCCUGAAGCUGUUUCUCUGAACCUCUGUCUAUGUCUCAACACACCGUCGUGGAGGUUUAAGCCAAUUCCAGCCCGAAUUAAAAUGACAUGAGCUUUACGUGUCUCUAAUGUUGUUAGCACGGCAGCUAGUUUGUUUUGCUAACGACAAGUUAACGUGCAGGAGCUCUGCUUCUACUAAUGCUAACGCUGACCACGUUUACUUUGAUUUGCUUUCAAGUUAGUCCAAAUUUGAAUAAGCGGAGAACAUUCCUGAGCCGGAUCAGACACCAGCGGUGGAUCUGAGAGUCUUCAGCUGACUGUCGCCGCGGUAUGGUCCAUCUGGUUGUUUGAUGGGGCUUUUACGGACCAUGAUGCCGCAGAAGAUCCAGCUCCUGGCUGUCCUGGCGUUUGGAGUGGCCAUGCUGCUGAUAGAGAACCAGAUCCAGAAACUGGACGAGGCCAGAGACAAACUCGAACGUACCAUCGCCAGACACGAGGUGGCCGAAGUAGAGCAGCGCCACAGCGAAGAGGGCGGCGGGCGGGAAUCGUCGCCACUGGCUGAGAAAGACGACAUGGUCAUCAUCUACAACAGAGUGCCCAAGACAGCCAGCACAUCCUUCACUAACAUCGCCUACGACCUCUGCGGGAAGAAUCGCUUCCACGUCCUGCACAUCAACACGACCAAAAACAACCCCGUCAUGUCUCUACAGGACCAGGUGCGCUUUGUCAGGAACGUCACCUCGUGGAGAGAGAUGAAGCCCGGCUUCUACCACGGCCACGUAGCUUAUCUGGACUUCUCUAAAUACAGUGUGAGAGGAAAGCCGAUGUACAUCAACGUGGUGCGGGAUCCCAUCGAGCGCCUCGUGUCCUACUACUACUUCCUCCGGUUCGGAGACGACUACAGACCAGGACUUCGACGAAGGAAACAAGGGGACAAGAAGACCUUUGAUGAGUGUGUGUCAUCGGGAGGGUCUGACUGUGCUCCGGAGAAGCUCUGGCUGCAGAUCCCCUUCUUCUGCGGCCACCAUUCAGAGUGCUGGAACGCAGGCAGUAGAUGGGCCCUGGAACAGGCUAAAUACAACCUGGUGAAUGAGUACCUGUUAGUCGGUGUAACUGAGGAGCUGGAGGACUUCAUCAUGAUCCUGGAGGCGGCACUCCCACGCUUCUUCAAGGGAGCCACGGACCUCUACAGAACAGGAAAGAAGUCCCACCUGCGAAAGACCACGGAGAAGAAGACCCCCACCAAAGAGACCAUCACCAAGCUGCAGCAGUCCAACAUCUGGAAAAUCGAAAAUGAGUUUUACGAGUUUGCCCUCGAACAGUUUCAGUUUGUCCGUGCCCACGCCGUCAGAGAAAAGGACGGAGAACUUUAUGUCCUGGCCCAGAGCUUCUUCUAUGAAAAGAUCUACCCUAAAGUGAACUGAAAGUGCAGCCGGACGACUGUGACAAAAGCUGCACAGGGACUCUAAUAGACGUCGUAAACACUGGGCGAACAAGAGACACUAAGUGAUGCUGGAUUUAUUGGGAUCAUGUUGGGACUUAAGAAAACACCCUUUUAGACUGUACAGUGCAAUUUCUAUGAGGAAUGUGUCCAUUUUUUUAAAAAGAGAAAACUAAACCUGAACUGUGAGACAGAAUUUCUAAGAUAGUUACUACGGCUCAUCUCAAAAUCCAAACUCAUAAAGCCUUUGAUUUCUUAUGACCUGUGGUUGGGUUUUUGGAUGGACCAUCAAAAUAAAAGCAGGAAAGACGUAUUUAAAUGUAAUUUCCAGGGAAAAGGAAAUAAGUUUAUCUGAUUUAUGUAUUUCUAUUAAUUGCACCAAUACUUGUUUACAGAUUGCAGGAUAUCGAGUAAAUGCUGUUUUAACGUGUUUUUGGACCAAAUGGUAGCAAAAGAAAAUAGAUCGGAUCUUUGCAUCAUUUGGUGCGUGACAAGUAAUUUUCUAUGCCACUGAGAUGUUCUCAAUUUUUACACUUUUAACACAUCAUAUCAAUAUUUUAUCAGAGAGAUAGCGAUGUGUUUGUUUGAUACAACAGACAGCUGCUGUUUUUAGUCUGCAAACGGACCACGAGCUGGAGGAGGAAGGUACUAACCCAGACGGACCAGAAUGUGUGAGUACAGGGUUCUUUUAGACGGAGACUGACAGUGCCUUGAAUAUAAUGUAUAGAGCAUUUUCUUAGUAUUCAUUUUGCAGUAAUCCCACAGUCGCACUCCUUCUUGUUUUAGCGUUCCACUUGCUUUCUGUUGUGUUUCACUCAUUAAAAGUCUAAACAUGAAUACAUAAA